CUCUUUGAAGGACUUUAAAGUUCAUAUUCUGGCUUUUGUUUUGUUUCACUCUUUGGUUGAAUUUGUAGCGCUGGCUUUGAAAAGUAAAAUAAGUGAACUGGCUCCAUGCCUCCUCUACAUUAUUUCUCACUUGUGAUGUGAGCGUAACACUCCUUUUGUAAUGUAUGUCUGGUUGUAAUGGAAAUUGUGUUAUAACAGGAGGAGCAUGGCAUAUAAUUCUGUGACCUGGGGUCCUGACUUUUUUGUGUUCAUGUAUUUAUCCAUCAGGAACCAGUGCCAGCGCCUCGCAUUUCCAGGCGUAUCUUCUGGAAGGACUGAUGCGCUGGAACGAGGACAGAAUGAAGGACUCUGUUCAAGCACCCACUUCCAUGCGCACCUACGGCAGUGUUCUGCAGGAGGCCGUGGAUCGGCUCAGCCAAGCCGUUCUGGGAAAACGUUGGGAUGAGCAGUACCGCAGUCCUGGAGUCUACACAGGUGAAUUGUUGGCCAUGGAGUACCUGUACAGCCAGACUGGCAUAUCACUUACUCCAACGCUCCACAACCAAGAGGAGGAGGACCAGCUGGUGGAGGACAUUGAUGACGAGGACAUUGAGGACGAAGGCUUUGAGGAGGAGACAGAGGACAUCACAGUUCCUGUGCUGACUGACGAUGACCAUGACAUUGAAAGGAGGCCCUCAACCACAAGGCGUCGGGCACCUUCACCACCACCUCUACCAGAACUGCCGUCCACGUCCACGGGUGGAGGUCAGCGUCCAGUUGCUGCCGCCGCCGUUCCGUCCACGUCGGGUCAAGGACUGCACCCUUCUGCUACUGCUGCUGCCACCACUUCAGGGGCUCAGGGCGUCGUCGUUGGACCGGAUGGCAUUCCUGGGUGGGACAAAGUGCAAGAGCUGGCUGCUUACCUGGUGGACCUGCGAGAUGCCGCCUACCUCACUGAGCCACAGGUGACCGAGGUCAUCCAGCUGUGGGCGGCACUCCCAGACAGCGACAAGGAGAGGAUCGACUACCAGCCACGUCACCAGGAGCGGCUGUCGUCUGGUCGAUUCAAGGCACCGAAGCGGUCUGGAGUCACACCGGGUGUGGAGAGCGUCAAGCGCAGCUUGAUAGGUCACCCUGGGGGGCCGGCUCAGUGGCCUGGUACCAGCCGCUUGGUAGACGCCAUGUGCACACGCUUGUGCACUUUGCACAAGUGCACUACCAGGAAGGCCGGUGUUUCCACUCCCAGGUGGACCAGAAUUCUGGAUGAUUACCACCACAUCCGUGACUUGAUCAUCGCCAGCCCAAGGUUGAUGGCAGAUACAACAAUUCAGUUGUUUCAAAUCAACCAGCGGACACUUAUUCAGUGCUCCCAGCAACGACUUUGGCUGCCUCAACACCUGGUGCAGCCCCAUCUGUACCUGCGCCACCUCCGCCCGCUGGCCCGCCGCCUCCUCCCGCUGGCCCACCACCUCCUGUUUCACGGUACACAGAGAGGAACAGGCGUCGGCGAGCCGCUGAAGAGGCCAGUGGUAGUGCGGAGAAAAGAAAAUAUGUAAGGGGUGCGACAUAUAACAUGUGUAGCCAAUGUGGCAAACCCAAGACUAAAGAGUAUGGGCAUAGUCGCUUUGGGAGCGCGACUUUCUGUUCCCAGGCCUCAGGUGGCAAGUCUGUUGAAGAGUGGUUGGAAGAACAGAGAGCUCAAAAGUAGUUCUUCUAUUGUACAAUAUGUAUAUAGUGUGUGUAUAAGUUCUGCUGCUAUUGCUUGUAUAUAGUGUGUUUGUGUG